AUGAACACCGUCAAUUCUCUCUUACUCGGUAUGGGAAACGGCGUGAAUGCACAAUUACUCAGCAAGCCCCCUUCACACGCGACAAAACCUCGAAGACAGAAAACCGAGGGGGAAAAUACGGCCUAUUUACGCUUUGAUGAUGCUGGACGAUUAGUCGAGAGUCAUGGGGACAUUGAGCCUAUUUGGGGAGUAAAGAUGCUCAAGGCUGGCGUUCCUAUCACGGAUAUUAUUCCAAAUGUCCCGCAACGCCAGAAAAAGAAUGCUGCAGAAGAUGUGUUCCGAGAGAUUGUCGAGUUGAAGUACUUCACGGCGCUGAUACAAAAUGAGGCCUCCAUCCCGAUUACCAUCACUGAAGUGUCGGCUCCUCGUGAUCUUCGUAUCUCCCAUUUCCCACAUGUUGCUGGAAUUGUGGUUGUGUCUGCAACAACUCUGCAUGUUAUCAGCGCGAAUUCCGUAUUCUCUGCUGCCCUUUUUGGCCAGGAGCAUCUUAAAGGUUUAAUGAUUACGGAUUUAAUCCCACAUUUUGAUGAAUACCUGAACAUUUUGACGGAAGAAGAUAAUGUUCCCUUGGUUGAUGGUAUGGUGAUACCAGCGCAUAGCUUCAGAAAAGCAAGGGCGCUGUUGGUCCUUCGGGAGGGGAAAGCUAAUACUGCAUCUUUAUUUCUCAGACCUUAUGGUCUCCCAUCACGUCACCGCGACGGAAAAGAGAUUAUGGUGGAUGUUCAAAUGCGUGUCGUUAAAAGCGAAACCAUAUUUCCUGGAAACUUGACGCCUGACAUCAACGAACGUCCAGCGCUAGACGAUGAACGUGGAGCACCUGUUGCCGUUACUGAAGUUGUAUAUGCGUUGUGGAUAACAUACUCACGGCAAUUUCACUCAAUUAUGCAAGAGGAGAACAAUUUUCCCCAAUCACCCUCGGCGAAAUCCCCCUCUAUCCCUCAACAGCCUUCCCCGGGUCAGCGUUCACCAAUUUUACCCCCAAUAGAGACUCCACGCGUUGAUUCGCCAUUGAUUGAGAGCCAAGCCCAGCAGUCCCUCCUAUCGUUGCAAUUAAAUGAAGCUGCAUCGGAACCUCUGACAGACAAACCCGUCCAGCCAAUGCCUGAAGUAAGAAACGCAGGGCUCAGGAAAGAGAUGCCAAAAAAGAAAUCGAUAUCAGAAUAUGUCAUCCUAGAGGAAAUGGGUCAAGGCGCCUAUGGGCAAGUAAAACUGGCGCGCAGCAAGCGGAACCCAGAAAAUAAGGUAGUUCUCAAAUACGUAACCAAGAAACGGAUUCUCGUCGACACAUGGACCCGAGACCGACGCCUCGGAACUGUCCCCUUGGAAAUUCAUGUGCUGGAUUACUUGCGCACAGACGGCCUAAGGCACCCUAACAUCGUCGAGAUGAAGGGCUUCUUCGAAGACGAUGUCAAUUACUACAUCGAGAUGGUUCCUCAUGGGCUUCCGGGCAUGGAUUUGUUUGACUACAUUGAACUGCGGUCGAAUAUGGAUGAGGACGAGUGCCGAAAUAUCUUCUACCAGGUCGUCGAUGCGAUCCAUCACCUCCAUACGAAGGCACAUGUUGUGCAUCGUGAUAUCAAGGAUGAAAAUGUCAUUCUUGAUGGGGAGGGAAGGAUCAAGUUGAUUGAUUUCGGGAGCGCGGCGUAUAUCAGCAAAGGCCCUUUUGACGUCUUUGUUGGUACGAUAGAUUAUGCCGCCCCCGAAGUCCUCCAAGGUAAAUCCUACGGUGGCAAGGAACAAGAUGUCUGGGCUCUGGGUAUCCUCCUCUACACCAUCGUCUACAAAGAAAAUCCCUUCUACAAUAUCGACGAGAUCCUCGACCACCCGCUGCGCGUUCCAUAUCUGCCCUUCUCAGAAGAUUGUAUCGAUCUGAUUCGCCAGAUGCUCGAUCGGGACGUUGAUCAACGCCUCACCAUCGAGGGAGUCAUACAGCACUCGUGGAUGAGACCCGCUGCGUUAGCAGCAGCAGCUUCUGCUUCCAAGGUUAAAUGA